GUGGUUUACAUAGGAGUGGAUAAGAGAAGAGAAGAUAGUCGAUAACACUUAUUGUGUUGAAAGUGUGAGAAGAAGAAGAAAGAAUGGACAAGUAUUUCAGUUCUGCUUAUCGCGGUGACCCAGGCGUACCCCAUGCCAAUCCCCACCGUUUCGUCAACAUUUGGGUCGGUUCUCUCGCCUUCACUGCUUCCAACUGUGUCAAUCCCUACUUUUUCCAAAUCGGCUCCACUAUGUUCAACUGGCAUGAUAGGGCAAUGUUAUUUGAGCAAUAUCACUGGAAAAGGGCAAUGAAGAAGAAUAAGCGUUAUGAACCCAUGUGGAACAAGUGGGACAGGGCAUACCGAGAUUCAUACUACUUCAAUUGGCCUAUUUACUUCACUUAGGUCUUUUUUUUUUUCUCCCCUUGCUAGUGUUGUAUUAUUGUUAAUUUGGUUGCAAACUUGGAAAAAAUUGAUGUCCCCCUCCCCUUCUUGUUGUACUCUUGAAUAUGACAUUUUGAACGUGAGUUUAAACAGAUACAAAGAUGUGUUUCUAGUGCGCUCUGUCCGAAAGUAAUGACUAAAACAAUAUGUUAUAUAUGCUAUGCUUGAGUUGUUACUUCUCAAGGAGUUCAUGGUUGA